GUCCGGGGAGAGGCGGGCGGAGACAUGGAGAUCCAGGCAUGCCUCUGUCUCCUAACACAGUAACCCAAUCACUGCGUACAGACAUCAACUGAACUGCUAGUCUUCGAGCGAUGAAGCAAAGUGAGUCUAUUAUUCUGUAAGCAGAACGAGAAGAAGAAGAAGAAGAAGAAGAAGAAGAGGAGGAGGAAGAGGAGGAGGCCGCUGACAGAUCACGGACUGAUGGCUCCAGAGUGACAUGCCAUGGCUUUAAUGAUCCCCCCGGUGAAGCUCAAAUGGCUGGAGCACCUGAACAGCUCAUGGAUCACGGAGGACAGCGAGUCCAUAGCCACGCGGGAGGGAGUGUCCGUGCUCUACUCCAAGCUGCUGGCCAACAAAGAGGCGGUGCUGCUGCCCCAGCAGGUUCUGUGUCUGAAGGGCCCCCAGCUCCCUGACUUUGAGCGAGAAUCCCUCUCCAGCGAUGAGCAGGAGCACUACCUGGACGCUCUGCUCAGCAGCCAGCUGGCCCUGGCCAAGAUGGUCUGCUCCGACUCUCCCUUUGCUGCGGCGCUGCGCAAACGUGUGCUGGUGCUCCAGAGAAUCUUUUACGCACUGUCCAACAAAUACCACGACAAAGGGAAGGUCAAGCAGCAGCAGCACUCUCCGGAGAACAACUCGGGCUCCACAGACCUGCACUCUGUCAGCGAGCGGCCGCGCUCCAGCACCGACGCCCUCAUUGAGAUGGGGGUCCGAACGGGUCUAAGCCUUCUGUUUGCUCUGCUGCGCCAAAGCUGGAUGAUGCCCCCUCCCCCUGGUCCUGGUGGAGGUCCUGGGGGCAACAUUAACUUGUGUAAUGAUGUCAUUCACACAGCCAUCGAUGUGGUCAGCUCCCUGCCCCCCCUCUCUCUGGCCAACGAGAGCAAGAUCCCCCCGAUGGGUCUGGACUGCCUGGCCCAGGUCACCACUUUCCUGAAGGGGGUGACCAUGCCAAACUCUGGGGCGGAUAUUUUAGGGCGGCGGCUGGCCUCGGAGCUGCUGCUGGGGCUGGCCUCUCAGAGGGGAUCCCUGAGGUACCUGCUGGAGUGGAUUGAGAUGGCUUUGGCUGCUUCUGCGGUGGUCAGCACUAUGGAGGAGAACAAGGUGCUUCAGAGCCAGGAGGGGCUCAUCGGAUACGACUGCUUCAUGAACAUCCUCAUGCAGAUGAGACGCUCCUUGGGCUCCUCAGCAGAUCGCAGCCAGUGGAGAGAACCAACACGCACCUCUGAUGGCCUCUGCUCUUUAUACGAGGCAGCACUCUGUCUUUUUGAAGAGGUCUGUCGGAUGGCAUCGGACUACUCUCGCACGUGUGUGAGUCCGGACAGCAUCCAGACCGGAGAGGCCCCUGUGGUGUCAGAGACCUGUGAGGUGUAUGUGUGGGGCAGUAACAGCAGCCAUCAGCUGGUGGAGGGAACACAAGAGAAGAUCCUGCAGCCAAAGUUAGCCGCCAGCUUCGCUGAUGCACAGACGAUUGAAGCAGGUCAGUACUGCACUUUCGUGAUCUCCUCUGACGGAUCCGUUCGGGCCUGCGGGAAGGGAAGCUACGGCCGCCUGGGGCUCGGGGACUCCAACAACCAAUCGACCCUGAAGAAGCUGACCUUCGAACCCCACCGCGCCAUCAAGAAGGUGUCGUCGUCCAAAGGCUCGGACGGACACACGCUGGCCUUCACGACGGAGGGUGAGGUGUUCAGCUGGGGGGACGGUGAUUAUGGCAAACUGGGUCACGGGAACAGCUCCACUCAGAAAUACCCUAAACUUAUCCAGGGGCCACUGCAGGGGAAGGUGGUGGUGUGUGUGUCUGCUGGAUACAGGCACAGCGCUGCAGUCAGCGAGGACGGGGAGCUGUACACAUGGGGAGAAGGAGAUUUUGGAAGAUUAGGUCACGGUGACAGCAACAGCAGAAACAUUCCUACUCUGGUCAAAGACAUCAGUAAUGUGGGCGAGGUGUCGUGUGGGAGCUCUCAUACCAUCGCUCUGUCAAAGGACGGACGCACUGUGUGGUCGUUCGGAGGCGGGGACAACGGGAAACUGGGUCAUGGUGAUACUAAUCGAGUCUACAAGCCAAAGGUAGUGGAGGCCCUGCAGGGCAUGUUCAUCAGGAAAGUGUGUGCAGGAAGCCAAUCAUCUCUCGCCUUAACCUCGACAGGACAGGUGUUUGCUUGGGGCUGCGGUGCUUGUCUGGGGUGUGGCUCCUCUGAAGCCACGGCGCUCAGACCCAAACUCAUCGAGGAACUCGCGACGACCCGGGUGGUGGACAUCUCCAUAGGGGACAGUCACUGCCUGGCCUUAUCGCACGACAAUGAAGUCUACGCAUGGGGCAACAACUCCAUGGGGCAGUGCGGCCAGGGGAACUCCACCGGGCCGAUCACGAAGCCCAAGAAGGUCGUGGGCCUGGACGGAGUGGCUAUUCAGCAGAUCUCAGCGGGCACGUCUCACAGCCUGGCGUGGACGGCUCUGCCCAGAGACAGGCAAGUGGUGGCUUGGCACAGGCCGUACUGCGUGGACCUUGAAGAGAGCACCUUCUCUCACCUGCGCUCCUUCCUCGAGCGUUACUGUGACGGCAUCAACAGUGAAGUUCCUCCUCUCCCGUUCCCCUCGUCCAGGGAGCAUCAUAACUUCCUCAAGCUGUGCCUUCGGCUUCUGUCCAAUCACCUGGCUCUGGCCCUGGCAGGGGGCGUCGCCACCAGUAUCUUAGGCCGUCAGGCCAGGCCUCUGAGGAACCUUCUGUUCAGACUGAUGGACUCGUCCGUGCCAGACGAGAUCCAGGAGGCGGUGAUCGAGACUCUGUCCGUGGGGGCGACGAUGCUGCUGCCUCCACUCAGAGAGAGGAUGGAGCUCCUCCACUCUCUGCUGCCUCAGGGCCCCGACCGAUGGGAGAGUCUCUCCAAAGGACAGCGGAUGCAGCUGGACAUCAUCCUGACCAGCCUGCAGGACCACACCCACGUGGCCUCGCUCCUCGGGUACAGCUUGCCAGCUGACGGCCCCGAGGUUCUUACAUCUGGUCCUGGUUUUACAGCGCCAACUGACCCGACAUACGGCGCCACGACGGGCCACCCCGACACCCACCUGGCUGAGAUCCUGAUGAAGACGCUGCUCAGGAACCUGGGUUUCUACACGGAUCAGGCGUUCGGGGAGCUGGAGAAGAACAGCGAUAAGCUGCAGCAGGGCAUGUCCUCGUCUGACAGCAGCCAACCGGCUCACCUCCACCAGCUCCUGUGCUCCCUGCAGAAACAGCUGUUAGCAUACUGCCACAUCAACUCGGUGACUGAGAACUCGAGCAGCGUGGCCCUGCUGCACAAACAUCUGCAGCUCCUGCUGCCUCACGCCACAGACAUCUUCUCCCGCUCAUCCACUCUGAUCAAAGAGAGCUCAUGGAACGGCAGCAUACGAGAGAAGCUGCAAGAUGUGAUCUACGUGUCGGCCGCAGGCAGCAUGCUGUGUCAGAUCAUCAACUCGCUGCUGCUGCUUCCUGUGUCGGUGGCGAGGCCUCUGCUGAGUCACCUGCUGGACCUGCUGCCUCCUCUGGACCGCCUCAACCGCCUGCUGCCUGCUGCCGCCCCGCUGGAGGACCAGGAGCUGCAGUGGCCUCUGCACGGUACGUCAGACUUCGCCGAGCCGGCCUCGGGCAUGUCCCUGCCUCCGCCGGCUCUGUCCUGGGUGUGGCUUGUGGAUCUGGAGAGGACGGUCGCUCUGCUGGUCGGCCGUUGCCUCGGCGGCAUGUUGCAGGGAGCGCCGACCUCUCUUGAGGAACAGGACACAGCUUACUGGCUUAAGACGCCCCUCUUCAGCAACGGACUGGAGAUGGAAAUCCCACAGCUGGACACCUGCAUCAGCUCGUUACUGGAGGCCGCUCUUUCCGGGAACGAGGAGCAGAAGCCGUUUGAUUGCACGCUGCGUCCUGACCUCAGCAUGUUGGUGGAUCUGGCUCUGGGUUCCACUAAAGAACCCGCCAACAGUCUGUGGAUCAACAUGCAGGACUACGCCAUCAGCAAAGACUGGGACAACGCGUCUCUCAGUAACGAGUCCCUGCUAGACACCGUGUCCAGGUUUGUGUUGGCGGCUUUACUGAAGCACACCGGGCUGCUGGGACAAGGCUGUGGAGAGGGAAGGUACCAGCCGUCUAAAUCCCUCGCUGAAGUUUACCGCAGCGUUUAUAAGGUGAGGAACCGCCUGCUGGCCUGUAAGAACAUGGAUUUCAUCCAGACCAGAUCCUCGUCGCGUGAGCGGAGGAUUUCAGACAAUCAGGACUCUCUGGACAUGGACCCUCAGGAGCACUCGUUCACACGCACCAUCGACGAGGAGGCGGAGCUAGAGGAGCGAGCCAACCGCGAGAGAGAGGAGGGGCAUCAGGAGCAAGACGAUGAAGAGGAGGACAGGGAGCACGAGGUCAUGACGGCAGGAAAAAUCUUUCAAUGUUUCCUCUCAGCGCGGGAGGUCGCUCGGAGCCGGGACAGAGAGCGAGCCAGCAGCAGCACCGGGCUGGGGUCCGGCUCUGUUUCCAGGAGCGUUGGAGGAGGAGGAGGAGGCGGCGGAGGAGAGGACGACUCCGUUCUGUCUCAGGAGGGGAGGAGGGGCAGUACGGGUCUCACGGAGGGGCAGGACCUGUACACGGCCGCCUGUAACUCUGUGAUCCACCGCUGUGCCCUGCUGCUGCUCGGGGUGAGCCCGGUGCUGGGAGAGCUGUGCAAACAGAACCAGGAGGAGGGCCAGACCCAGUCCACCUCAGGAACACAGGAGUGUCUGAGCUUCAUGACCAGGAGUGAGAGUCUGAGCGCGGAGAGCCGCUCCGUUCAGAGCAGCCCGAGCUACAGACUGAUGAAGUCCAGGAGCGAGUCUGACCUGUCCCAGCCCGAGUCAGACGAGGAGGGAUACACUCUGAGCGGAAGGAGGAACGUCGACCUGGACUUGGCCUUCUCUCACAAAAAGAGAGGUUUCCUCCACAGCUCUCCAGACUCCCUGGCUGAGUCCUGGUUCAGGGCCAAGCUGAGCCGGCAGCGCAGCUACAGCUCGGCCCACUCCUACGAGGAGUCGGACCUGGACCUGAGCCGCUCGCUGGGCAUCCACGCUCUCAUCGACAACAUGGUCAGCUUCAUCAGCGGGGACGUGGGACUCGCUCCGGCCUUCAAGGAGCCAGAGGAGAGUAUGUCCACCAGCCCGCAGGCCACCAUCCUGGCCAUGGAGCAGCAGCAGAGACGGGCCGAGCUGCGGUUGGAGGCGCUCCAUCAGAUCGUGGUGUUGAUCUCUGGCAUGGAGGAGAAGGGCAGCCAGCCCGGGAGCGCCGAUCGAUCCAGCGGUGCCUUCCAGUCGUCCUCGCUGCUCACCUCCGUCAGGCUGCAGUUCCUCGCCGGUUGUUUUGGCCUCGGCACGGUGGGCACGGGGGCGCUGAAGAGAGAGAGCGUGCAGCUGCAUCACUACCAGGAUGGCGUGAAAGCGGCGAAACGGAGCAUCCAGAUGGAAAUCCAGACCGCCGUCCACAAGAUCUACCAGCAGCUGUCUGUGACUCUGGAGAGGGCGCUGCAGGCCAACAAGCACCACAUAGAAGCUCAGCAGCGCCUCCUGCUGGUGACGGUGUUCGCUCUGAGUGUCAGGUACCAGCCCGUGGACGUGUCCCUGGCCAUAUCCAGCGGGCUGCUCAACGUCCUGUCGCAGCUCUGCGGCACGGAGACGAUGUUGGGACAGCCGCUCCAGCUGCUGCAGAAGCCCGGAGUGUCUCAGCUCAGCACCGCCCUCAAAGUGGCGUCCACCCGCCUGCUGCAGAUACUCGCCAUCAGCACAGGCACGUAUGCAGACAAGCUGAGUCCGAAGGUGGUGCAGUCGCUGCUCGACCUGCUCUGCAGUCAGCUGAAGAACCUGCUGUCUCAGGCGGGCGUCAGUCUGCUCGCUGCAGGAAAAGACCCCGAAGACAACAAACAGGAGGACGCCGCGGACUCUGAGAAGAAAGACUUCAGAGCUCUGAUCCGUAAGCAGCACACCGCCGAGCUUCACCUCGGAGACUUCCUCGUCUUCCUCAGGAGAGUCGUGUCCUCUAAGGCCAUCCAGUCCAAGAUGGCGUCCCCGAAAUGGACCGAAGUGCUGCUCAACAUCGCCGCACAGAAAUGCUGCUCGGGGGUCCCUCUAGUGGGGAACCUGAGAACUCGUCUCCUGGCUCUCCACGUUCUGGAGGCCGUCCUGCCCGCCUGUGAGGCCAACAUGGAGGACGACCAGGUGACACAGGUGGUCGAGCGGCUCUUCGCCCUGCUCUCUGACUGCAUGUGGGAGGCUCCCAUCGCUCAGGCCAAACACUCCAUCCAGAUUAAAGAAAAGGUUCAGGAGCUCAAACUCCAGGGAGAGGCAGAGGAGGAGGACGAGAACCUCCCCAUACAGGAAGUGUCGUUUGACCCGGAGAAGGCUCAGUGCUGCGUGGUGGAGAACGGACAGGGUCUGACUCAUGGCAGUGGGGGGAAAGGUUACGGCCUGGCCUCCACGGGGAUCUCCUCUGGAUGCUACCAGUGGAAGUUCUACAUUGUGAAGGAGAAUCGAGGGAACGAGGGAACGUGUGUCGGCGUUUCUCGAUGGCCCGUGCACGACUUCAACCACCGCACCACGUCUGACAUGUGGUUAUACCGAGCGUACAGCGGGAACCUUUAUCACAACGGGGAGCAGACGCUGACACUCAGCAGCUUCACUCAGGGAGAUUUCAUCACCUGCGUCCUCGACAUGGAGGCCAGAACCAUCUCCUUCGGCAAGAAUGGAGAGGAGCCAAAAUUAGCGUUCGAGGAUGUAGAUGCUACAGAGCUGUAUCCCUGUGUGAUGUUCUACAGCAGCAACCCAGGAGAGAAGGUGAAGAUCUGCGACAUGCAGAUGAGAGGAACGCCUCGAGACCUCCUCCCAGGUGACCCCGUCUGCAGCCCGAUGGCCACCGUCCUGGCCGAGGCCACCACGCAGCUGAUCCGGAUCUUACACCGCACAGACCACUGGACCCAUCGCAUCAACAAGACCAUGAUCGAGCGGCUCCACAAGAUCAAGCCCUGCUUCAGAGAGUCAGCCAGUGCAGCGGGCGGCGGCGGUGGUCAGAGGCUGAAGAAGAGCCGCUCAGUGCAGAGCCGCGAGGAGCACGACGCCCAGAGAGAGAGCCAGGACACGCCCACUAGGACGGAGGAGGAGCGCGGACGCCACGGACGGCAGCACGGUCUUGGGGAGCUGUCGGAGCACCACCUGAGGACGCUCUGCACGGAGGUGUGGCCGGUCCUGAGCAUCAUCGGCGGGGCGGAUGCAGGUCUGCGCGUCGGCGGACGAUGUGUGCACAAACAGACCGGGAGGCACGCCACUCUGCUGGGCGUGGUGAAGGAAGGAAGCACGUCCGCCAAGGUGCAGUGGGACGAAGCCGAGAUCACCAUCAGCUUCCCAACUUUCUGGUCGCCUAGUGACACUCCGCUCUACAACCUGGAGCCCUGCGAGCCGCUGCCCUUUGACGUGGCGCGUUUCCGUGGCCUCACCGCCUCGCUGCUGUUGGACCUCACCUACCUCACCAGCAUCCACGAGGAUACCGCCGCCAAGCUCAGCGCACGCCGCCACGAGAAGAAGCAUCGCAACGCGGCGUCCACCGGGCACGAGCCGACCGCUAACGAAGACAAAGCAGAGAACGAGGGGCACAACCGCAGUGACCAAAAGGACACCGAAGCGUCUUCUGGAGCGAGCCCCAUCACCUCCGACCUCCGGGUGUCCCACAGUCUGGAGGAGGUGAAAGCACACGUGGCCCCCAACUCAAAGUCAGAGAGCGAGAUCUCCUCCGUGGUCAGCGGAGGGAACGAGGCUCUUUUCGCCGCAGCCCCAAACACCCCGACCGAAGGGAACAGGAAGAAAGGUCACGACCACGCCGGCUCUCGCAGUCACGAGCACUCUCCAUCGUCCGUCGCCACGCAGUCAGAGAUCCACGCUGUGCAGCUGUCCUACCUUUACCUGGGCGCCAUGAAGACCCUGAGCGCCCUGCUGAGCUGCAGCAAGUACGCGGAGCUGCUGCUCAUUCCCAAGGUGUUACCUGACGCUGCUCCCAGUGGGCACAACGCCGAUCUCAACACCAGCUCCGGUGGGAGCACGUCGGCCACCUCGCCUGUGUGUCAGGAGGAGGUGGAGAUGAGGGCGGCUCUGCAGUUCCUCAUGCGACACAUGGUGAAGCGGGCGGUGAUGCGUUCCCCGAUCAAGCGGGCCCUGGGUCUGGCUGACCUGGAGAGGGCGCAGGCCAUGAUCUACAAGCUCGUGGUGAGCGGUCUGCUGGAGGAGCCGAGUGGAGGAAAAACCAAACCAGGUGUGAGGAGUGAACCAGAGGGGGAGGGGGAGGGUUUAGAGGGGGAGCAGUUGGCGCAGACCCCCAUCACCACCAGCCCCUCGGCCUCCAGCACCACCUCCUUCAUGAGCUCCUCUCUGGAGGACACCACCACCGCCACCACACCGGUCACAGACACAGAGACGGUCCCGGCGUCAGAGUCUCCGGGGGUCAUGCCCCUCAGCCUGCUCAGGCAAAUGUUCUCCAGCUACCCCACCACCACCCUGGUUCCCAGCCGUCGAGCUCAGACCCCCCCGGUGUCCUCUCUUCCCACCUCCCCCUCAGACGAGGUGGGGCGCCGGCAGAGUCUCACCUCCCCCGACUCCCAGCCCAACAGACAGCAGAACAGAACAGGAACCUCUCUGUCCGACCCGAGCAGCAGACUCUCCACGUCUCCUCCUCCUCCUGCCAUCGCUGUGCCGCUGUUAGAGAUGGGCUUCUCCCUCCGACAGAUCACUAAAGCUCUGGAAGCCACCGGUGCCCGCGGAGAAGCAGACGCUCAGAACAUCACGGUGCUCGCCAUGUGGAUGAUCGAACAUCCGGGCAACGAGGACGAGCACGACGAGCCUCACACCCGAGGAGGCGACGGCAGAGGAGUCGGAGGAGACGGGUCGGACUCGUCCUGUCCCGGUGCGAUGGCCUCUUCUGGAGGGAAAUCUGCGGACCGGAGCUCGUACCUGUGCUCACCUGGAGACAUCGCCAACGCCGACGCUUCAGAGAUGGAGGAGGGCUUCAGCGAGAGUCCUGAGGGUCUGGACCAGGACGCCGCGUCAGCCUCCAGCGGUGCCCCUCUCAGAGGACGAUCUGCUGCCGGUAGGAAACACCGCUUUGACCUCGCUGCUCGCACGCUGUUAGCCCGUGCUGCCGGUCUGUACCGCUCUGUGCAGGCCCACCACAGCCAGUCCCGGCGGGAGGUGUCGUCCCUCCAGCAGCAGCAGGACCCGGGCGCCCUCUACGACUUUAACCUGGACGAGGAGCUGGAGAUGGACCUGGACGAGGAGACCAUGGAGGCCAUGUUCGGACAGGACCUGGCCAGUGACACGGACAUUCUGGGAAUGUGGAUCCCGGAGGUACUGGACUGGCCAACAUGGCACGUCUGUGAGACAGACGACAGAGACGAGGUGGUGGUGUGCGAGCUGUGCGAGGCCAACGUGGCCAACUUCAACCAGCACAUGAAGAAGAGCCACCCCGGCUGCGGGCGCAGCGCCAACCGGCAGGGUUACCGCAGCAACGGCUCGUACGUGGACGGCUGGUUCGGCGGCGAGUGUGGGAGUGGAAACCCGUACUACCUGCUGUGUGGCGCCUGCAGAGAGAAAUACCUGGCUAUCAAAAGCAAAGCCAAAGUCCCCAUCGUGGAGAGGUAUAAAGGGCAAGCUCCGGACCUCCUCGGGAAGCAGGACAGUGUCUAUGAAGAGGACUGGGACAUGCUGGAUGUGGAUGAGGAUGAGAAGCUGACGGGGGAGGAGGAGUUUGAACUUUUGUCCGGUCCGUUGGGUCUCACUGAGCGAAGGAUCGUACCCGAGGCGGUUCAGUUCCCCGAUAGCGACCCGCUGGGAGCCUCCGUUGCCAUGGUGACGGCCACAAACAGCAUGGAGGAGACGCUGCUGCAGAUCGGCUGUCAGACGUCGGUGGAUAAGAGUUCCUCGGGCAGGGUGACCCUCGGCGAGCAGGCGGCGGCCCUGCACAACCCUCACGACCGCGUGAUGGCUCUGAGGAGGGUGACGGCUGCGGCUCAGGUGCUGCUGGCCAGAACGAUGGUGAUGAGAGCGCUGUCCCUGCUGUCCGUCAGCGGCUCGAGCUGCAGCCUUGCAGCCGGUCUGGAGUCUCUGGGUCUGACCGACAUCAGGACUCUGGUCAGGCUGAUGUGUUUGGCGGCUGCAGGUCGCGCCGGUCUCUCCACCAGUCCCACAGCCGGCUCCGGACACUGCGAGAGACCAAGAGGGGCCGCCAAGGCCAGCAAACCCAUCUCCUGUCUGGCUUACCUCAGCACCGCUGUGGGCUGCUUGGCCUCAAACAGUCCCAACGCCGCCAAGCUGCUGGUGCAGCUCUGCACUCAGAACUUGAUCUCUGCCGCCACCGGCAUGAAUCUGACCACAGUGGACGACCCCAUCCAGAGGAAGUUCCUGCCGAGCUUCCUGCGCGGCGUGGCCGAGGAGAACAAGCUCGUCACGUCCCCUAACUUCGUGGUGACUCAGGCGCUGGUGGCGCUGCUGGCCGAUAAAGGAGCCAGACUCAGACCUGCUUAUGACAAGGCCGACAUGGAGAAAAGAGGUCUAAUUGCGCAUUUGUAUGCCCAUCCUUCCCAUAAUCCCUCCGCUGUAGGGCCUCUGGAGCUGGCCAACGCUCUGGCGGCCUGCUGCCUGUCCUCCAGGCUGUCCUCUCAGCACCGCCAGUGGGCUGCCCAGCAGCUGGUCCGCACGCUGGCCGCGCACGACCGCGACAACAACCAGAGCCGGCCGCAGACCUUUGCCGACAUGGCGGGGGAUCUGCGGAAGUGCUCCUUCAUCAAACUGGAGGCUCAUCAGAGCAGGGUCAUCACCUGUGGUUGGUGCAGUAAGAGAGGCCUGUUGGCGACCAGCGGGAACGAUGGGACGGUCAGAGUGUGGAAUGUAACAAAGAACCAGUACAGCCUCCAGCAGACCUGCAUCUUCAACAAGGACGAUGGUUCAGAGGAGGGGAUGUCCGGUUUGGGGUCUCCCAGCGACCCCUGCAUGUCUCCUCUGGCGUGGAGUGUCACUGGGAAAUAUCUCGCCUCCGCCAUGGAGAAAAUGGUCAACAUCUGGCAGGUUAACGGCGGUAAAGGUCUCCUGGACGUGCAGCCUCACUGGGUGUCGGCGUUGGCCUGGCCCAAAGAGGAGGCGGAGUCGCUGUGGUGCGGUGAACCCAAAGACAUGCUGCUGGUGGGACGGAUGGACGGAUCCCUGGGCCUCAUCGAGGUGCUUGACUCCUGCAGCAUGCACCGCACCGAGCUGGAGCACUGCUACAGGAAAGACGUGGCCGUGAUGCACAUAGCGUGGUACAGCGAAGACAAGCCUUUCGCUGUCGGCUACGCAGACGGAAAGCUCCUGAUAGGAACCAAAGAGCCUUUGGAGAAAGGCGCCAUCGUCGUCAUCGAUGCACACAAAGAGUCGAUCAGCAGUAUGAAGUGGAGUCCGAACGGUCAGAUCCUGCUCACCUGUGCCAAAGAGGAGACGGUGAAGCUGUGGGCCAGUCCGGACUCUCGCUCCGGCUCGGAUUCAGGCUCCGGCUGGCGCUGCCUGCAGAUUCUCAGACACCCGUCGCUGGUGAACGGCGUGGCCUGGUGCAGCCUGCAGGGACGAGCCCCAAAGCCCCUCAACAUGCUAGCCAUAUGCUGUCAGAACGGCCUCGUGUCAGUCUGGACUGUUCCUCAAGACAUCUCCAACUUCCCAGAAUCCUCCCCUUCGGACUCAGAGGGAUGGUGGGAGCAUGAAGCCAAACCAAAGUUCAUGUCCUCCCGUCGGUCAGGAAAAGGAGCGACGUGUGUUUUCCAGCUGAAGGGCCACAUCACUCCGGUCAGGACGCUCGCCUUCAGCCCCGACGGUCUGGCUCUGGCAUCCGGAGGAGUGGGAGGCCUCAUGAACAUCUGGUCUCUGAGGGAUGGCUCAGUGCUGCAGACAGUAGUCGCCGGUUCAGGUGCGAUCCAGAACAUCGUCUGGAUUCCAGAUGUGGGCGUGGCCGUCUGCUCGAACAGGUCAAAGGACGUGCUGGUUGUGAACUGCUCCAAAGAGUUCAUGUCGUCUCACCACGUGCUGGCCACAUGCCGCACAGCGCUCAAGAAGCAGGGCGUGGUCGGCCUCAACAUGGCGCCCUGCAUGAGGGCCUUCCUGGAGAGACUUCCUGUCAUGCUGCAGGAGCAGUAUGCCUACGAGAAGCCUCACGUGGUGUGCGGCGAGCAGCUGGUCCACAGUCCCUACAUGCAGUGUCUGGCCUCCCUGGCUGUUGGUCUCCACCUGGACCAUCUCCUGUGUCGGCCCCCUGUGCCCCCUCCCCUCCGUCACUGCCCUCUGGAGUCCGGCACGGCCGUGUGGUGUGCGAGCGAGUGGGCGUGGCUCGACUGCUUCUCCACCACGGUGAAGGCGGCGGAGGCUCUGGCUCGAGGGGCGACCUUCCCCGAGUCGUUCUCCGUCCCCGACCUGGAGCCGGUGCCCAAAGACGAGCUGGCUCUGCUCAUGGACAACAGUAAAUGGGGCUCCGGUAUGGACGAGCAGAUCAUGUCCUGGGCGACCUCCAGACCAGAGGACUGGCACCUCGGGGGGAAGUGUGACGUGUACCUGUGGGGAGCAGGUCGACACGGACAGCUGGCGGAGGCGGGCAGAAACAUCCUGGUGCCAACGACAGCGCCGUCCUUCUCUCAGGCUCAGCAGGUCGUGUGCGGUCAGAACUGCACCUUCGUCAUCCAGCCGAACGGGACGGUGUUGGCCUGCGGGGAGGGAAGCUACGGGCGCCUGGGUCAGGGAAACUCUGACGACCUGCACAUCCUCACCGUCAUCUCAGCUCUGCAAGGUUUCGUUGUGACUCAGCUGGUGACGUCCUGCGGCAGCGACGGUCACUCCAUGGCUCUGACGGAGAGCGGCGAGGUGUUCAGCUGGGGCGACGGCGACUACGGUAAACUGGGCCACGGGAACAGCGACCGCCAGCGGCGUCCGAGACAGAUCGAAGCCCUGCAGGGAGAGGAGGUGGUGCAGAUGUCGUGCGGCUUCAAACACUCGGCCGUGGUCACAGCUGAUGGAAAACUCUUCACGUUUGGAAACGGCGAUUACGGCAGGCUGGGGUUGGGAAACACCUCCAACAAGAAGCUUCCAGAGAAGGUCACCGCUCUGGAGGGAUACCAAGUCGGACAGGUGGCCUGUGGGCUGAACCACACGUUGGUCGUCUCUGCUGACGGGAUGAUGGUCUGGGCUUUUGGGGACGGAGACUACGGAAAACUGGGACUCGGAAACUCCACAGCCAAGUCCUCUCCUCAGAAAGUGGACGUCCUGUGUGGAAUCGGCAUCAAUAAAGUCGCCUGUGGAACUCAGUUCUCUGUGGCUUUAACCAAAGACGGGAAAGUUUACACGUUCGGACAAGACCGCCUCAUCGGCCUCCCUGAGGGCCGAGCCAGGAACCACAACCGGCCUCAGCAGGUCCCGGCUCUGUCGGGGGUCCACAUCCAGGACGUGGCUGUGGGAGCUGAACACACUCUGGUUCUCUCUGCCAACGGAGACGUUUACACCUGGGGCAGCAACUCAGAGGGACAGCUCGGCCUGGGUCACACCAACCACGUCAGAGAGCCCACAGUGGUGACGGUGAUGCAGGGCAAAAACAUCCACCAGAUCUCUGCAGGACGCUGCCACAGUGCUGCCUGGACCGCCCCGUCUGUGCCGCCCCGAGCCCCAGGCUCGUCAGUUCCUCUCCAGCUCGGCCUCCCGGUGGCGGUUCCUCCUCAGUACAGCGGGCUGAAGGAGGUGAGCAUCGAGGCGGUGAGGGCUCGCCUUCGACUCCUCUACCACUUCUCCGACCUGAUGUACUCGUCGUGGAGACUGCUCAACCUGAGCCCCAACAACCAGAGCUGCACGUCCCAUUACAACGCCGGCACCUGGGGGAUCGUCCAGGGCCAGCUGAGGCCCCUGUUGGCGCCCAGAGUUUACACGCUGCCCAUGGUGCGCUCCAUCGGAAAGACGAUGGUGCAGGGGAAGAACUACGGCCCGCAGAUCACCGUCAAACGGAUCUCCACACGGGGACGGAAGUGCAAACCGAUCUUUGUGCAGAUCGCUCGUCAGGUGGUGAAGCUGAACGCCUCGGACCUCCGCCUGCCCUCCAGGGCCUGGAAGGUCAAGCUGGUGGGAGAGGGCGCCGAUGAUGCUGGCGGGGUCUUUGAUGACACCAUCACAGAGAUGUGUCAGGAGUUGGAGACCGGGGUGGUCGACCUGCUCAUCCCCUCGCCCAACGCCACGGCCGAGGUCGGCUACAACAGAGACAGGUUCCUCCUGAACCCGUCCUCCUGCAUGGACGAGCACAUGCUGCAGUUUAAGUUCCUGGGCAUCCUGAUGGGCGUGGCCAUCCGCACCAAGAAGCCCCUGGACCUGCACCUGGCCCCCCUGGUGUGGAAACAGCUGUGCUGCAUCCCCCUGCUGCUGGAGGACCUGGAGGAGGUGGACCUGCUGUACGUGCAGACGCUCAAAAGCAUUCUUCACAUUGAAGACAGCGGCAUCACCGAGGAUAAUUUCCAUGAGAUGAUUCCUCUGGAUUCGUUUGUCGGGCAGAGUGCGGACGGAAAGAUGGUUCCCAUCAUCCCCGGAGGAAACAGCAUCCCUCUGACGUUCUCCAACAGGAAGGAGUACGUGGAGAGAGCCAUCGAGUACCGGCUGCACGAGAUCGACCGCCAGGUGGCGGCGGUGCGUGAGGGCAUGUCGUGGAUCGUCCCCGUGCCGCUGCUCUCCCUGCUGACGGCGAAGCAGCUGGAGCAGAUGGUGUGCGGGAUGCCGGAGAUCUGCUGCGACGUGCUGAAGAAGGUGGUGCGCUACCGGGAGGUGGACGAGCAGCACGCGCUGGUUCAGUGGUUCUGGCAGACGCUGGAGGAGUUCUCCAACGAGGAGAGGGUCCUCUUCAUGCGCUUCGUCUCCGGACGCUCGAGGCUGCCCGCCAACACGGCCGACAUCUCGCAGAGGUUCCAGAUCAUGAAGGUGGACCGGCCGUACGACAGCCUCCCCACCUCUCAGACGUGUUUCUUCCAGCUGCGUCUGCCUCCGUACUCCAGUCAGGCCGUCAUGGCCGAGCGGCUGCGCUACGCCAUCAACAACUGCCGCUCCAUCGACAUGGACAACUACAUGCUGUCACGGAACGUGGACAACGCCGAGGGCUCCGACACGGACUACUGAGGCGGAGCUUCUCAUCACAACACACACACAGACGAGGGAACUGGUGACGGGCAGACAGGCCACUUUUUAAAUGAUUUUAUCUCCUUUCAGCACACGUUUCAUUUCUCCCCGUGGUUGAUUUUUAAACGACACAAAGAUCCACACGAGAAGGAGUGCAUUUAGCGUUUUUUUUUUUUUUUUCAUUACUCCACAUCCCAUUUUCAGGGUUUGUGCAUGGAGCUUUGUUUAUUUGUCUGAACUGUGUAUAGAAGAGAGUGAGUGGUGGGCGAGCUACAACAUUGUACAUUGUGUAAAAUGCUUCAUUAGGAAAAUGUUUUGCAUAAGAUCCAUAUUUAUUGUUUUCAUUGCCGAUGCCGAGUUUCCCAAAGCAGACAGAAAAAACAACAAUAAAUGCUGCAGAAGUC